CUAUUUUUUUUAAACUGUUGAUUGCUACCACCAUGGCGGACAUCGGCUUGAAAUUGCAGAAUGCAGUUGAACAAAUGAUGGAGAGGAUUGACAGGGAUGUCACGAGGAAAAUGCAGGGUGACGCAUUUAGAUGUAGUGCAAAAUGUUGUGAUGAUACAUCUACUAGCGUGGCUGAGGCACAAAGAUGCUUGAGCACAUGCCAUGCUCCACUGGAUAAAAUGCAGCAACAAAUUGAAUAUGAAAUAAAUGACUUCCAGGGACGCAUAGGAAGGUGUACCCAACAAUGUACUGAUAAUGCCCGUGACAAAUUGAAACCGGGACAGUCACCAACCCCAGAAGUGCAGAAAGAGUUUGAAACUUGUGCAAAAGCAUGUGUAGAUACUUAUGUGAACAAGAUCCCUGAUUUGGAAAAACGUAUAAAGACAGUUUUGGGUAAUAAAUAUUAAGAGAAUUUUGAAAUAAAUGCAAAUGACUUUUGUAUUGUUUUGUAAUAAAAUGUUCUCUGGA